AUGGAAAAUGGUAUUAUUACACCAGAAAUGUACGCACUAAAGAAGAUUAUCUGCCCCAGUGUAGAGAGUAUAUCGAAUGGUAUGCGAGAAAUUGAAAACUACAAACGCUUUCAAAGUCCUUACGUUAUUCAAAGCAUUGACUCUCAAGUGACACAGGAGAAGAACGGAUCAAAAAUAAUUUACAUAAUACUUCCCUAUUAUUCAUUAGGGAGCUUACAAGAUUCGAUUAAUCGGAGGCUGUUAGAGGGUACUUUUAUAUCAGAGGCAGAAUGUGUAAGGAUAAUGCUUGGAGUGACGAGAGGUUUACUAUGCUUGCAUGAUCCUGCAUCGAGACAAGAUAAUAUCACACCCAGAGUAAAUGUCGAUGCGGUGUCUAUGACUUACAGUGAUGAAACAGCAAUGCUUUUAGAGGACACCCCUCUGGAAAUGGACGUGCUUUCUUCCGGCUCAGCAGGUUCAAUAGCAUAUGCGCACCGCGACAUUACACCUUCAAAUAUUCUGUACUCUUCAGAAGGUUUGCCAGUUAUAGCUGACCUUGGUUCUUGUUCUCAAGCUGAUAUAAGAAUUGGAAGUAGAAAUCAACUUAGCGAACUACAAGAGUGGGUCAACGAUAAUUGUACACUACCAUAUACUGCACCGGAGCUUUUGAAUUUGAAAUUGAACCAAAUCUUAAGUUGUAAGGUUGAUAUUUGGUCCAUGGGUUGUACGUUUUAUACUUUAAUGUUCGGCAUUUCCCCCUUUGAGCGAGAAGAGCAAAUACAUGGAGCUUCUAUAACCUAUGCUAUAAAUACUGGCAAAUAUAGCUUUCCAAGAAAUUCCAGAUUUUCUGAAGCGCUUCUAAAUGUAAUCAAGAAAUGUAUUCAAGUGGAUCCUAUACAAAGGCCUACGACCAGCCAAUUAUUGAACCUUUUGCAAGAUUUAGACAGCUAA